GCAUCCCCCGGACUCUACAGACACAGAGCUGAUUGAACAAACGGAGAGGGAAGCGCAUUCCCAGAGCGCAUCAUUUAGUCACCGGCCAAACAAGGAGACAGGCAGAAAUUCAACCACGCCUUUCUCAGUAAAUAAAAGGAGAGCAGUAAAUGUGUAGGAAAUAAUUCUCUAUCUCUUUUAUAAGGAUUCUUACGUUUCUUUUUAUAAGGCUUAGUUUUUUUUGUCACUUUCACAGUUGGGAGGAUAAUACUCCAUGGUCAGCUGCAAUAGUGUCUUAUUUUCUGGUGGACUUAAAGAAACAAAGAAAAAAAAAAAAAAAAACAAGCAAAAAAGUUGAACUGGAAAUUAUUUUGGAGCGCGCGACUGGAGUUUUGUCUUUAAACCUACAAUUGUUGCGCUCUGACAGGAGGAGGAUAUAACUUUUCAACUGGUGUGUUUGGAGAAGAGGAGGAAUUGUUGCUGCGGAGUGCGGAGCGCCUUCAGAUACAAGGUUAUGAAGGAGCUGAGCUGAAUAUGGAGCUCUUCUGGAUCUUGUUGUUUUCCAGUCUGUAUCCUCAUAUUUUGAGCCAAGGAGUUUACGCUCCAGCUAAUGCACAGAUUGUGCACUCCGGUGCAGCAUGUAACGUCAAGGACGAUAACAUAAGCGAGAGAAUUUACACCAUCAAAGAAGGAGACACACUAGUGUUGCAGUGUAUUGUUAAAGGACACCCACGACCACAGGUGCGAUGGACAAAGACAGCAGGCAGUGCUUCAGACAAGUUUCAAGAAACAUCCAUUUACAACGAGACACUGCGAAUCGACAACAUCCAGCGGGUGCAGGGGGGCCGCUACUACUGCAAGGCCGACAAUGGGGUGGGGGUGGCUGCCAUCAAGUCCAUCCGCGUAGAUGUGCAGUACUUAGAUGUUCCAGUUUUGACUGUGCACCAGACGGUUGGCGAUAUACGUACAGGAUUCUACCAAGAGAAGACAGUAUUCCUUCGCUGCACUGUCAACUCCAACCCGCCAGCCAGAUUCAUUUGGAAACGUGGCCCCAUGGUCCUCGAACAGAGCAAAGACAGUGGGGUCGAUAUCUAUGAACCUCUUUACACUCAGGGUGAGACGAAGGUCCUUAAACUGAAAAACCUAAGGCCCAAGGAUUUUGAUGACUACACUUGCCAGGUGUCUGUGCGCAAUGUGUGCAACAUUGAAGAUAAGUCAGUUACCUUCAGGCUAACAAAUGCUACCGCUCCCCCAAUGAUCCGACUCUCGGUAAAUGACAGCGUGGUGGUUGAUCCUGGACAAGAUGUGGUCAUGACCUGUGAGGUGACUGCAGGUUUACCCCCACCCACAGUCACAUGGUCACGUUAUCCCGGACCCCUUCCCCUCAGUGCUCUGGUUCGGGGGCCGACACUAGUUUUACGUGCAGUCACACCAGCGGAUGCAGGUUUCUACAACUGUACAGCAACUAACAAUGUGGGAAACCCUGCUCGCAAGAACAUCAACCUUGUUGUCAGGACAAUGAGCAACCUGACUUUUCAAAUCACACCGGAUUCAAACAAGGACAGUGAGACCAUCCAAAUGGGUCGGGACCUGAAACUGUCAUGUCAUGUCGACGCCACCCCACAGGACAAAAUCAACUACACCUGGUACAAGAAUGGGGUCCCUGUCUUUAACUCUGAUAGCCUGAUAUUGCUGCGCAGUGACCCUGACAUGGCCCCCGGCACAAGUAGUUUGGAGAUUGUAGACAUGAAGUUCAGAGACCUGGCCAUGUACAGCUGUGUGGCAAACUUCCCAGGCAGCAGGGUGCCAGAGCUGCGAGUGGAUGUCAACAUCUCCCAAAACAGUGUCACUCCACCGAUACUAUCAGUUCCAUCAGGAGGUCAAGUUGUAAGUGUGCGUGAAGGAGGGAAUGCCGAGUUGGUUUGUCAGGUUGAUGGGAAACCCCGUCCUCCAAUACUGUGGUCAAGGACAGAGAAGGAUUUACUUAUGCCGUCAGGAACGCCCACGGUGGAGACGACUGAUGGCCGCUUGAGGCUGAGGAACGUCAGCCGGGACAUGAUGGGGCUGUAUCGCUGUCAGACUGCGCCAUACAACGGCCUUAACAUUAAGCGGAGAGAGGCCCAGGUCCAGCUGAAUGUGCAAUACCCUCCGAUGCUGGAUCCAGUCUUUCAGGAUGUACGUUCAAGGAACUUUCAAAUAGUGACCCUGAGAUGUACCGUCCUGCGUUCCAACCCUCCCCGUCUGACAGACAUCCGCUGGCUACGCAAUGGCGAGUUCAUCCGCAUGUCCAUGCCCGACCUGAAGCAGACACCUGAGCUGAAGUUUAAGCUCGAACCCACCAACAAUGGCACGUAUGAGUGCCGAGUCAGCAAUAGUGCAGGGACAUCAACAUGUCGGUUUAACGUCUCUGCUCGACCAUACAAUGCAGAGUUUUAUUUUGACACACCGAACCCAGUACGCAUCCUGAAGGGAAACAAUUAUUCCUACAACUUGCAGUGGACACAAAGGGACCCCCAGGCCACAGACCGUAUCAUUGGCUACUGGCUAAACGUUCGAAAGGACAAGCAGAGCUUGGUGUCAAAGCAAAUAGACCUAAGGGGUAAGGAGCCAGAGAAGGGUGUGCUGAUGUCUCACACGGUAACAGACCUGGAAAUCCCUCGAUCCUAUGAGGUUCGACUGGCUCCCAUCACAACUUACAGCACAGGGGACUAUGUCAGCAGGAUCAUUCUGUACUCAGAACCCUACACUUAUCCAAGAUCUUCGGACCAAGUGUGUGGGUUCGAGGAUGAGCGGAUCUGUGGUUUCUCUCAAGACCGGAGUGAUAAAUUUGAUUGGACAAGACAGAAUAAUCUGACGCACAAUCCCAAGCGAUCUCCUAAUACUGGCCCGGAGACUGACCGCAGUGGAACAAAGGAGGGGUAUUACAUGUACAUCGAAGCAUCCCGACCUCGUGCUCAAGGGGACAAGGCCCGUCUUCUAUCUCCACUUUUUAAUGUGUCUUCAGUCAGGGGCCCGAAGGGCUCUAGUCGAGUCCCAUACUGUGUCUCUUUCUACUAUCACAUGAAGGGAAAACACAUUGGCACGCUUAAUGUUCUUUUGAGAAUGAGAAGUAUUGCACCUGUGGACUCAGUGGUGUGGACAAAAUCAGGUCAUCAGGGCUCAGACUGGAGGAAAGCCUUCUUUGACAUCAGCCCCAGAGGACCAUUUCAGAUUGUGUUUGAAGGAAUCCGAGGUGCAGGCUUUGAAGGAGAUAUCGCCAUUGAUGAUGUGUCCAUCACCAUAGGGAAAUGCAAGCAGGAGAACACUGUAGCCAACGCAGGUAAGACAGUUCUUAUUGGAGCUUCACACUCGCUGCCACUGGCCAGGUGGCUGACCUUUGGCCUUUCCUGUUUCCUCUUACUCCUCUACAGAUGAUGAGCACUUAGAACAUCAACGCCCCAACUCGCGCUUUUUUAAUCCCCUCUUUAUCUUCCUCUUUGCCCAGUACAUGAGCCGUCACUUGUCUUUCCUCAUUCGCUGUCAUAUCUGUCCUGCCUUAUAUCAAUAUCAUUCCUCUGUUGCUGAUAACAAAAAGAUUUCAGCCUUUUGUCCUCCAUUUUCUUUGACUGUUGCAGCAUUUCGGGACAGAGUGUAAUCAAUUGACUCCCAGCCUAUAUUAAAAGUUGACAUACUUAUAAAAAGAGUAAAACUUUCACCUUAAACACUAUAAUAGGAACACCAUAUUCAUGUUAUUGUCACUUUUGCGCCUCUUUCUCUGCGUCAUUAACCUUAUUGGUUGUUCAUGUGCAUACUCUUUGUACGCGGCAAUUCCCUAUCACAACCCUUGGCAACUUGCUCCCGCACACAUCAAAGUGUCGGACACGCUACCAAAGAUGACAAAGAAUAGGAGGGAAUAAAAUGAGAGAGCUGGGAUUCCAAAAGAAAAGUAAGAAGGAAAAUGGUAGAAGAUGAAACUGGGAAGAAAAAGAACUUCACAAAGACUGAAUUCCUUGGGAAUCAUUUUUUGGGAUACUUGGAAAGAUGAAGAACUGCAUCAAUGAAGAAAGGAAAUUAAUUUCUUCUGAAAAAGGACGCAAAGCAGAGGUUGAUGAAGGCAGGGUGCCCCCGGUAGCCUCUCUGAUUGCCACAAGAGACGAACCUCAGUGCGGAUUAUACGUGUACAUUUAUCUCUCUCUAUACAUAUAAAUAUAUAUCUAUAUAUAUAAUAUUACUAAAUUUAAAGUGGAAGACUACAAAGACAAUGGAGGCCUGUAGUAAUUGAAAUUAAAGAAGCACAAUGUUUAUAAUACUCUGUUGUACCUUUGGGUUUUAUUUCACUAAUGUGAUGUUAUAGUCUAACCUAUUCAAUGUUUUUGAUUUUUAUUUAUUUUUUUGUUGUUGUUUUUGUUUGUUCUGCCGUCCUAAGGGUCAUGGACAAUAAGUAAUAAAGUAUGAUUAUAUUCCUAUUUAUGAGACGCAGAGAGGAUGAUUUAUGAUCCUGAACCUGAUUUCCCCACCAAUAGGGAAUACACACAUGACCCAAGCCAUCUGGAUUGGAGCCCUUACCUUUUUAUUGCAAAAACUCAAAAUACACACCCUCUGACACACAUUACAUUAAAACAAACUCUGCUGCCAUGACCAUAGACCUUACAGUAGACCCUCUUUUUUAACAAAGCAGAGAGAAAUACAUACUAGGAAAACCAGAAUUUGAUUUAUAGAGAGAAUAUUAGUGUUUAAAAAAAAUAAGACAUUUUUAAGCCAGCCUCCUGAUUUAUUUCUAUCCAGUGUCAGUUAUGAAUUUUGCAUACAUGUCAGUGUCUGCCUAAUGAGGCGUGUUAAUUGAGUUAUAAAUGUUAUCAAUAUUAGGAUUGUGUUUUCUCUUACAUUUUUAAUCAAAUUUGACAAUCUCAUUUACUUAUUAAAUUCAAGCAAUGCUCACAUCCUUCUAUAUAAAAACUCAUCUGCCGAUAAAUAAAUAAAAAAAAUACACAUCAUAAUGGAAACUUAGUUCACCCUGUGUUAGAUGCUUCUCAUAUUUAAUAUAUUUCUACUUUGCUACACUAGCUUUAUCUGAUCUAAAAAUUAAAAUAUCAAAAAUAUUUGGGAUUUCUUCUGUAUGAUGAUCAUCUUCAUUACCAUGUAUAUUGCAUGUCAUGUCUGGUCAUUCUUGAAUUGUAUCUAUUUCAUGUCAAAAUUUAGUUGAUCAUUGCAUUUUUUUGUUUUAACAUUGUUUUUUGCCGUGUGUUUUACAAAGCUACACUGUUUCUUAUACUAAGUAGCAAAGAAAAUAGAUAUUGUAUGCCUGUUUGAUACUGACUUUCCAAGAUGUGAGGAGGUGAAUCUAUGCUGGUUGCACCAGGCAUACAGAAAGACAUCUGUGAGAAAUCCAAAUAUGAAUAUUAAGACAAACUUACCCUUUCUUUUGUUUUGAAAAGCAAAAGAAAAAUCUGUGCAUUUGAAAUAUUUUAAGAAAAUGGCUUGAGUUCUCUAGAAGUGGCACUAAUGCCAUUUUAAGUUGUUCAGGUUAAUGCACAGUGUUCUACACUGAUGAGUACACACUGCAUAUGUAAACACUUCACCUAAAGUCAGAUGCAAUAUGUUUUAUCACACAUAAAGCAAUGCUGUGCAUGUCUUCUUUUUAUGUCAAUCAUCCAGUCAUUCCUCUAAUGCAGCACUCACAAAGUCAAAUUCUUAAACAUUUGGGCUACUUUUACACAGCAGCCUGAAGUGCCCCAAAUCCAACUUUUUUGCCCACAUGCAACCUGUAUCUGAUCUUGUAAUGACAGCCUGAACAACACAGAUCAGCCAGGUUGCAUUGAUCCAACCUUAACGUGAUUAUAUUACAAUCAUGGAGGACGAUAAUGCGGAGAGCAGUCUUUAUUUUCAACACUCUUGAUAAGAUUUUAUUAUUUAUGCACUGGCUUAAGUCGGGAAAGAAAUGAAAGAUUGCAAAAUGCGCUCCAGCACUGCCAUCUAUGUUUACUUCCGUAAACACAUAGAAUGCUCACUUCUGACGUCUUUGCAUAAUCUACUGAGCAUGUGGAACACUUGUGUUAAAGCAGUUCACGCUGGAGAUCACAUCAGGUCACAUAUUAUGUAUUUAGAAAUGUGAACAACCACGCAAAAUAAUAGGAUUUUACAAAAAAAUCAGAAUUGAGCAUUAAGGCCUGCAGUGUAAAUGUAGCCUACAUGUUUCCUUUGCUCUUCACACCUGAAUCAUAUAUCUUAACUACCAUACUAGUAGUCAAGCCCUGCUAAUGAGUUCAUAUUGGAGUCAGGUGUGUUGAGGCAGACACACAUCUAAAAGUCAUAGGACGCCUGUCCUAGAGGAUUCAAGUUUAAGACCCCUGCUCUAAUGCUUAAAUAAAAGAACAGGUACAAGUUUAUGGAGUUUCUGAACUUGCACCUUUCUAAUUAAUCAUGGGUUAAGUGUCACAUUUGGACCUUGACUUUUUUUAAUCCAGUAGGAAACAGGAAUAAGAAAAAUGUCAAAAAAAACUAGAUGUAAUCUUAUAGAGGAUAUUUUAAUUCUGGUUAUGAUACAGAAAUUUUAAACCUUGUUAAAUGGCAAAAAACAACCAGUUUUAAAUCUGAGUAGUUUUUUUAAUCCAUAAACUACUAUA